GCCGUUUGUUUUUGUUGACCAUGGCCAGCCGCCUGAGAGUGUCCCUCCUGCAGUGUGUUGUAAGACAUUAUGGCAUCAGGCGAGCACCGCUACAACUUGCUGUAGUUAAUGGAUACCAAAAUAACACGACAUCAAGAGUAUUUUAUAGGGCAACCGUACCUGAAACCCCAUUACCUUCGAUAGACAAACGUAUUGGAGGUAGACUUCUGAAGCAAGAUUUAGACAGAAAUAAUGAAGCUUCAUCUCAGAUUAACCCUGACAAGAAAGAGAAAAAAGAAGUGGAAGAAACACUUAAAAUUUUGAAAAUGAAACUAGAAAGACUUGGACGUUUGAAUGUUAGUGACAUUGAGCGAUGUGUGAGAAGUUUGAAGAACCACUUGGAGGAACUAACGGAUGAUGAUUGUCUAAAGCUUCUGCAAUUCACCCUAAGGAUGGCGGAAGACGAUUAUCGACCCUGUGCAAAUGUUGUGUCAUGUGUUUGGAUGCUGUGCACUAACAGAUCAAGUGCAAGUCUUACAGUGGAACACUUUGAGCUGUACCUACGUACAAGUCGACUUGCUGAGUCUACCUGUACAUCUGAGGAUAUACUCAGCCUGUUGGAGAAAUACCACCUCGAACCAAGUUUUGAAACCCUGGAGUUAUUGAUAUUAAUGAUGGGUGACCUUGGAGACCUGGCAGGGGCUACCAGUAUUCUCACCUUAAUGAAGCAAAAAAAUUUACCAAUCACAGAGACUAUAUUUAGUGCCCUUAUCAUGGCACAUGGUGUUAACAAGGAUUGUAAAGGAAUAGAAUCAGUGUAUGAUGCCAUGAGAAGUGUACAAAUAACCCCCACCAGCAUUACUUAUGAAGCCUUGGUAAAUGCAUACGGAAUUGCUGGUCAGAUAUUGCAGAUGAAGCAAGUGGUUGCUCAGAUGAAACAAGCCAGGGUUGCCUUAACUCAUAGUCAGUUGGCAUCACUACUACUUAACCUAGUCAAGAGCAGUCAAGCUGGAGUGGAAUUUGAGAAUAUGGAUUAUAUUGUUGAGCUGAUGACAGAAUGUAGCAACAAGUUGGACUUGUCCCGAGUGGUCCUACAGAUGAUACACUGUGGCCAUGUGCGGGAAGCUGUUCAUCUUCUGCCCACAUUCCCACUGAUACGUAGUAACAAUCACCUCUAUUCCAAUGCCCUGGUCUAUAUUCGUGAGAUGGUCUAUGCUCAUGUGGAACCCUGUCUGCUAGUUGAAAUGUGUAAGGAGCUUCAGCACAAAGAAAUAAACCUGUUUGCACUACAAGUCGCUCUCGAGUAUACCUUAAGAGAGAAGAGGGAGAAAUUGGCAUGGGCUCUUCUGAAAGCAGUUAAGGAGAGUGGCAGCCCUAUCCGGCAACACUAUUUUUGGCCUUUAUUUCACAUGAACGCUGUGGCCAGUGAACCCUCAAAACUAAUAGAGUGUGUGCAUGAGAUGUUAGAGAUGGGUGAGAGCCCCAGCUUGGAAACACUGAAGGAUCAUGUUAUUCCUGGUCUCACUGUCAACCACCCAAAUUUAACCAUGAAGAUGCUCAACCGUGCAGGACUGACGGUAACCGUGGCAGCAACUCCAUUACUGAUUGUACUCAUAAAAAACAACAUGUAUAAACAAGCAUUUGAAUUUGUAAAGGAGACAAAAGUUCCCUUCUCUCUCCGUGAUCUAACUGCCACUUUAGCUAGGUCUUGGUCGACCAGCCCCCGGGCCAUCAUCACCUUGUUGGCUCUCCUCAUUAACAAGAACAAAGAGAAUUCGACUAAGAAUGAGUUUGCUGAAGAAGAUUGGGGAGGACAGUUUCUACUUGAUUUAGCCACUUCAAGAACUGGUCUUAAUGAUGAGCAAAUUUGUCCUCUGUUUGAGGAACUACGGAAAAACAACAUUGGAAUCUCAGAAAAUUCUGCUGACCUAUUGAUGACUCGGUCCAACAGGUCUAUACAGCAGGCCAUCAGGAAUAAUAUCAGUAUUAUUCUUAAUCCUAAAAUGGGUCAACCUCCUAAGGAACAGGAAUACAACAUUCUGCCUCAUCCGAAGAGUAUGAGUACAGAGGAACUGGAUGGUCACAUGGUUGAACUUCAAGCAAAAAGUCUGAAUGUGCGAGGAACUCUCCGUAAGCUGCUUCUCCAGCAAGCUACCAAAAAUGAAACUGAGAAUGUUUUGAGCCUCAUGGAGAAGGCAAAGGAGGAUGGGAUUAAGCUAAGUGCGGGGAUGAUGGCAAGUAUUCUCAUGGCUUAUGUCACUAACAAAAAUGUUGAAGCAGCUAUGAACUUGUACUCCACAAUCCAAGUGGAACAUCCAUCAUUUUCCUUAGACUCUUACAAAGUUAUUGACCUUUGUACACUUUUAGUGGAAAAUGGGAGAAGUCAAGAGGCAGUGGCAAUGCUCAGACGGUACUUAGAGACGGAGAAUAAGAAGACUGUAUUUACCAGACAGAUUAGAAGAAAUUGUCGAAAUCUGUUAAUGGCUGCUGCUUCAACUUGCAACUACGAACUGACUAAGGAAAUAUUUGACACACUUGUUUCUGGGGGCCUGAUGGAGCCAGAUAAUCUUGUUCUUGGAACCCUGGUGAAGUGCAGACUAAAUAGUGGUGACCUACCAGCAGCAGUUAAAGAAGCAGAAAUUAUCUAUAAAAGUUACAAAAGUCUCCCCAUGAGGAUUGAAAUUCUUAUUCACCUCAUUCACCAGUCGAAAUGUCUGAAUGAGACAGUGAAUACAUCUACUGUGUCCAGCACAGCUGUUGAUCUUCUGGAGCAAAUGCUGAAUAUCAUUGCUCAAUUUCUUGGCUCUAAACAAGCAAAACAUGACUUGUUGUUUGCUUGUUUGGAAGCCAAGCAACCCAAUGAUGCAAGAAAAGUGUUACAGAGCUUGGGUGAAGAACUGGAUAGGAAUCUACUGAAUCGCCAGUUUGAUAGAUACUCAAAGCUAGAACAGGAUGAAGUUUUACUGCACUUCCUGACUGCUUCUCGAGGAAAUAACACCAUUGAUCGGCAUCGGGUAUUUUCAUCCCUUCUCAACAUAUACUAUGUCCAGAGUGCGGGUGCCAAAGGUAUGUCUCUGUGGACCAUGAUGCAAGAGGAGGACUUGUCCCCAUCACAGACCUUCCUCACUACACUCGCAUCACUCCUGGCUUCUAAUAAUAUGAAAAUACCUUUCCAGAUCCAGUGAUGUAACCAAAAUUAUGCACCAAAAUUCUUACUUAAAAUACACUCACAAAGUCAUAUAAAAAUUAUUAAUUAAACCACACUCACAAACUUUUGAUUACUUAUAACACACUUACAAAAUUCUUAAUUAAAACACACUCGAAGAAUGGUAGGUAACACUUAUUUAAAAGAUUGGCAAACUCAUGUAGCUCACUUGCCAGCCAGUUCAUCAGAAAUAUUCUCUCAAAUGGCAUCAAUAUUAAGAAGAAGAAUGUACACAGUCUUUUGAGAAUUUAGACCAGAACUAUGGAAGAUAAUCUGUACGUGAUGAGGGCUUUAAGGGUGGAAUGUGUAGUUGGAAAUAGCUAAAAAUUAGGAAACUAAAUAGCAAUAUACAGAUAGUAAUGAUGAAAUGGAUUUACUAUACAAAGGAUAAUUUUAGUUUUUAUUCCCUGGGAUCACAUUAUUAACUUUAUAUAGUGUGUGGAAACAUGACCAGUGAAGUGAGGUGUUAAGGAAGAUGUGACAGUAGAGUGAGUGUAUGAUAAAAAUUGCUUAUAUUGUAAAUUUAUGCAGUACUGUAUAUAUGUGUAAAUAUGUUUGUUGCCCAGGUGAAGUGGAAUAUUGCCUUUUCUAGUCAUUGAAUCUACUGGUAAUGUAGUGUAAUGACUUUUUCUGUAUGUAAUGUAUAUACUUGUACUGUAUAAAAGGAGGGGCAUCAUCUAGUUGUAAAAAUAUACAGUAUUCUGUAAAUUG